AUGGGCAGGAAGGAGUUCGUCCUCAAGCUCGUCUUUUCCGUCGUCUUUGUGUUGCUGGGAGGCGUCUUCUCGGGCCUGAGUCUCGGGCUCAUGGUCCUCGCCGCCUCCGGCCCGCCUCAAGACCGCAUCGACGCGCAAAGAGUCCUCUCCCUCCUCUCGCACGGCAGACACUUCGUCCUCGUCUGCCUGCUCCUCUCAAACGUGAUCGUCAACGAGACCCUCCCCGUCUUCCUCGACUCGCUCAUCGGCGGCGGAGGACUCGCAGCGAUCGUAAUCUCUAGUGCGGCGAUUGUCAUCUUUGGCGAGGUUUUGCCGCAGGCGCUGUGUGCGCAGUAUGGGCUGAGAGUGGGCGCGAAGUGUGUUGGUUUCGUGCAAGUGUUGAUGUACCUCGAAUCCCCCAUCUGCUACCCCACCGCCAAACUCCUCGACUGGCUCCUCGGCUCGCACACGACCCACCUCUACCGCCGAGAAGAACUCAAGACGCUCGUGCACCUCCACGGGGAGGGGAAAGUGCUUGGAGGGGAGGAGGGGGAGUUGGUGGAGGGUGUGCUAGGGCUGGCGGAGAGAGCGGUGGGAGAGGUGGGCAGGAGAGUCAGGGAGGUAUAUGCGGUGAGCGAUGGAUUGCGGAUUUGCGAUGUGGAUCUGAUGCAGCUCCUCCUCCGGCGACAGCACUUCUUACCCGUCCGAAGAGCGAAGACGGCGUUCGGCGCGAUCGAUGAGAAGAAGGACGAACCGUUCGUUGGCUAUCUGCGAGUCGAGGAGCUGAUAGAAGCGCAAAGUCGGCCGAAUGACCUCGUCCGCUCGCUCGCUCUGCAUCCGCUCGUACAUGUCUUCCCGAAUACGCCAAUUAUAGACUGUAUCGCUUAUCUGAAGAGGGAGGACCCGGAGGCGGUUUUGCUGGUCUCGAAUUCGGCUAUCGACGGCGCAGAUGCGCUUGGCUUCGCUGUCCUCGACGACUUGCUCAAGGCGAUCCUGCACGACGAGCCGGAUAAGGCUCACUCUCGCACCGUCUCACUCGGAGCGACCGCGCGCUCGGCUCUCUCGCGUCCUCCUCGCGCUUCCGCCUCCAUCGGCCUGAGUCGCUUCGUCUCUGGCAUCGUCGACCGGCACUUCACCCACCGCGCCUCGUCCUCGCAACUCUCCUUCCGCCUCGACUCGUCCGACGAAGAAUCCCACCUCUUCAGCCGCUCUCGCACCUCGACCGCCUCGUACCGACCGCUCGCCUCGUCGCCGCACUCGCAUCAUCGCACGAUGUCGUCCCUCUCGCGCUUCUCGGUCGUGCCAACGCCAGCUGGAACCGCGCCGGCGAGGAAGACGGGAUGGGACGGGCGAGGCGGCGGGUUCAAGUUCCCGACGCCUGACGGGUCGCCCGUGGGAGAGGAGGUGGAAACGUUUGCGCUGGGCGACGUGGACGACGAGGAGGGGCGGGAGGAUUCCGGGUUUGGGGAUGGGGAUGAGCUGAGUGGGAAGGGCGGGCUGUAUCCGCUCGGUAUAGCGGGCGCACGAUAG